AUGGCCACCCCUAGUGUUCUCACCUUUGAUGCUGAGGUUCGGGCAGUUGACUUUGAGGUCUGGGUAGAUGAUCUGCAGCUUUUCCUACAGUGCGAUAGGGCAGAUGGUCUAUCCCUGUUUGACCUCACUUCUGGUGCCUCUCCUGCCCCUGCUGCUGAUGCUGACGCCACGGUUCGCUCACAGUGGGCCACGCGCGAUGCUGCUGCUCGCCUUCCUGUGCGCCGCCACUUACCGACCGCUGAGCGUGCGCACUUUAGCCAGUACAAGAGUGCUCAGACCUUGUACGACGCUGUAGUUGCACGCUACUCUUCCCCUGCCACUGCUGCACUGAGCCGCCUUAUGCUACCGUACCUCUUCCCUGACCUUGCUGCCUUUCCCACAGUCGCUGACCUCAUUACGCACCUCCGCACUAGUGAUACACGCUACCGCGCUGCGCUUCCUGCUGAUCGGUCAGCGCUGCGUCUGCCCCGAGCGGGAGACGCCGCACCGGCAAGGGCAAGGGGGGCAAGGGCACUGGAGGGGCUGGCGGGGGCGGUGGAGGUGGUGGUGGAGGCAGUGGAGGGGGUGGGGGUGGAGGUGGGAGUGGUGGCGGGGGUGGAGGUGUCGGUGGCAGCAGUGGAGGCGGAGGAGGUGGCGGCGGUGGCGGAGGGAGCGGAGGCGGCGGAGGUGGUGGACGCGGCGGAGGCGGCGGCGGCAGCAGUGGACCUGGUCGCGGCUCUGCGCAGAGGAGUGGCUCCGGUGGUGCGCGGUAGGGGUACGGGUCCCUGCACCUACGUUCUCCGCACCGGCGACCGCACUCGUGAGCAGUGUGGGGGCCCGCACUCCACCCAGCGCUGCUUCGGCCGCCUGACAGACGCGUGGCGUCACCAGUUCCCUGAGGCCUCAGAGAUCCCUCGCUGGGGAGAGCUGUCUAGGGCGGGGGUUUCUAUCUUUGAUCUUGAUUUUGAUGCUAUUCUUGCUGCCAUGUAUGCUGUUGAUGAUAGUGUUGCGGGUGACUGUUACCUGUGUGUACCGCCUGACCCGGGCAUUGAGGCUGCUGCUCUAGGUGCUAUUGCGUCUACUGCCCCAGGUCUCUACCUCCCCUCGUUCUCUACGAACUUGGUGAGUGGAGCGGACCUACAGGGUCGGGGGGUUGACCAGUUCACUCCUGCGAGUCAGCGGGUGACCCACUGCACGUGUGCUCGGACAGGCCGACAAUUGGCCACGUUCACCCGUCGGCUAGGGUCGAGCCUGUACACCCUUACUACUGAGUCUCCUCCGGCUGCUGAGUCUGGCUAG